AUGGAAACUUUUCGAGGAAAGAUCGAAAACACCAGAGAUGCCUUGAUUAUCUUCGAGGCUUGCAGACUUGGUAUUUUACAAAGGAUUACCCGGCGUUGCCUGGAAGAAGAAAAGAAGGAGUUUGUUCCUGGAUCCGUUUUUGUCUAUGAUGAGGAUGAGUCUGGCAUCAAACGAUGGACUGACGGGAUAAAAUGGUCCCCAAGUCGAAUUUAUGGAGACUUCUUACUGUAUCAAGAGCUCGAAUAUCGUCUGCAUAGCGUAAAAAGCUUCGAAGAAAUCGAUGAGACCAUCAAAAAACGCAUCGAAAAUGAAAACUUAAAAUAUCAUGUUUGCAACAAAGGGACAUUCGUAUACAGCAAAGAAGGAUUUAAUAAGAAAACAAUUUCAGUAACUGUUGAUGGUAGCCUUCAACAUAUGAUUAUAUACGAAGACAAAAAAGGUAGUCAUGAUAAUCUUCAUCCGCCAUGGGCUUACGUUGAACUUUCAAAUAUCGAACCAAGCAAGGCCAUCAUCAAACAGCUCGGAUUGCGCAAGAAACAACAAUGUUCAAAAGAUAUUAAGGAAAAUAGUGAAAUUCAAAAUGUCAAAAGCGAAGAUAGAAAUCACGUGGAUAUCAGCAAGACCGAAUUAAAAUAUCAUUGUCAAUCGCUCAACCUCAGCGCUCCUCGUCAUCCAAUUCAAACUUUACCAUCUAUAGUGGAUCCAUUUUCACCUGUACAUACCCCGGAGAAAACUCCCGAGACAGAAAUUACAGAUCCAAUGAAAAUCACAAGCGUAAUUAACUGGUUAGGUGACGCCCAUGAGAAAAGCGAUAAAUCUAUGGUCAAAGGAAAUGUGACCAUCCCACUUUCACCACGGAUCUCCAGUUCUGAUAUUGUGGCUUCGACAUCAUCUGAUAAUCACUACGGGAUAAUGGAUGGAUUUUCUCAUAAUCCGUGGCACAAUUCGUUUUCCAAUUCUUUAAGAUCUCGAGUUACUUCUUUCUAUCCUUCUAUGGUCAUCAGGGAACCUCUUCUUCCUUAUAAUGUGCCCCACAAUCACGUUGAACCACGUCAUGAUCCGAUCAGUCAUGAUUACUACGGGUUUAUGGAUUACUCUAGAUUCUAG